UUCGACUUCCGGAAUUAGCACUCGGUUUAACGUCACACUUUCAGUUUCUUGGUGGGUGAGCGAAACAUAUCGCUUGGAGAGACUAUACUCACUGCAGAGCAUGGAACUGUCCAGCGAUGAUGCAGAAAGGCCAAACUUGGAGGAGAAAGAAAUUCAGACAGAAUUCUGGACAGCAGAAAAUGCAGCAAACACUGAAACAGAUUGGGAGUCCCAAAUGAGUUCGUUGGAGAACUCCAGUGCACAGCUGACCCUGCAGUAUGAGGCCCUGCACAAAAAGCAGAAGGAGGACCAGGAUCAAGAUGAAAAACAAAUUCAGCUUCUGCAGCAAAAGAGGGAUGAUGCCAUUCGACAGCAUAAGGCCUUGUUUGAAAAGAUGGAGUCCCUGCGAGUAAAGCUCCAGCUCAACUGUUACAAGACGACUCGCAAGAACUUUACUGUGAAAAAGGUGGAGCUGACUGGAGAGCGGGAUCGAUUGAAGGAGGAAACCAGCAGACUUGGAAAAGACCUGGAAGAGGUGGACAGAAAUCUAAGGUCACUAAUAGAAGAACAAGGGGAAGAAAAAAAGACAGUGCAGCGCGAGUUAGAGGAUCUGCGUGAAAUGUUGAAUAGAACUACAAAGGAAUAUGAAAAAGAUCGAAAAAAUGCUCUGAGAGAUGAGGAAGCCAGCCUGAAUAUGCAGAAGGAGAUGCUCACAUCCCAAGUGAAAGACUGGCUGUCUGAUGCUGAGCAAUAUCUCAGUGCAAUCCGGUCAGAUGUGUCCCAAGAAGACAUGCAGCAAAGGCGAGGAUGGGACAGCACGGUGGAGGCCGUCCGUAGCAGCUUAGAUACCAUGCAGGAUCAGUUCACUGAGUAUCUACACUUGGUCCAGCAAGGCCAGCAUCUGGACAGCCUGCCCCCAAUCACUGCUCCCUCCCUGCCUCCCAUCCCCCCCAUUGACUUAAUUACUGGACCAAGGGCAUCUCGCCAGCCAACACAUAUGCCGUCACACAGUCAAUCACUUCCUGCCCAACAAUCACUCCCUGCCCACCCCCCCUCAGCUGCCGCCCCAUAUGAUCACACGCGGCCGAGCCCCCAGCUUGGAAGCUUGGCCUAUCAGCCCGUCCCCUCCUCAAGCUCACACGCCACACCUUUAAGCAAGACUAACUCUGUUUCCAAAGCCGUGUCGUCCCCCAAGCACGUUCGCAUGGCACCACCUACAUCAGCAGCAGCAGCUCCCACGGGCAACGUCCAGCCUGUAGCUAAACUGGAGAAGCUCCUGGAGAAUCUGGGAGCCCAGUUCUCUCAAUGCAGCAGGAGGCAGCUGAUGUCCGUGCUGCAGGAAAUUAAGUCGUCCCGCGGCACUCUGGCAGGGCUCUCGGUUGAAGAGUUGAACCAACUGGUGGCACAGAGAUUAAUCCAAAGUGAUAAACCGGGCCCAGCUGCGUUCAUCCAAAUGAGGCCAACACGGACUGCGUCUCCAGUUGGGUACAAGCUUUGUUUGAUGUGCCAAAACCAAGUAGAUGCUGCGACUCAGCACCUUAUGAGCUGCUCUCACACCGUACACAAGGAGUGUAUCAGUGUUUGGCUGCAGUCCAGCAGGAACAAUGUCUGUCCCUUCUGUCCAUCAAAAUGACCAAACAACAAGAACACGAUGGAGGAAUUGGAGAAGACUGCAGUAUCUAAACGCUUUCUUCAUUUCGGCUUACUCAGAUAAUCUUACUGUUUUGUAAAAUUAAAAUCAAUGGAAAUCAACUUACUUUCAACACCUCGUUGGUAUAGUUUUGUAUGGGUGACAGAGUAAUGCAAGAAGAAUGACCCCUGUUUGAGAUGGAGGUAUCUAGAAUUCUUCACCUUUCCCUGAAAACAAUGUGUACUGGUAAUUUAUAAAUUCUGUAGAAGUAGAGUAAGAACUUAAUGCAACUAAAUACCUCAAAUCCCUCUAUAGUUCACAAAUAUAUACUUUAAAAGGAUAAUUGGCAUGUCCUAAUUCUACUGAAUCUACAGUUACUCAAUCAGUAAGCAUUAUUAUUAUUAAUGUUACUGAUUGGUGAUGUGGAUGUCAUACUGGAAAAUGGGUAGAUGUCAUUGUGGGAAGGUCUUAAUGUAUGUACACCAUUUAAAUAUUUGAUUGCUGAGGCAAAGGGGAAUUGUGAUUCUUUUGUAUUUGCUUUAUUGUCUGUGAAAUAAAGCAGAAAGAGAGCCAUCUUGA